AUGGAGAAGCUCCGGGCGGUGCUGGACCUGCACCUCAAGCACGGCAGCACGCUGGGCUAUGGCCUGUUGACCCUGCUGACGGCCGGCGGGGAGCGCAUCUUCUCGGCGGCGGUGUUCCAGUGCCCCUGCACCGCCGCCUGGAACCUGCCCUACGGCCUGGUCUUCCUGCUGGUGCCGGCGCUCGUGCUCUUCGUCCUGGGCUACGUGCUGAGCGCGCGCACGUGGCGCCUGCUGACCGGCUGCUGCGCGCCCGGGGACUGCUCCCGGGGCUCGGGGCUGCGCGGCGCCGGCGUGUGCGCGCAGCUCAGCGGGGCCGCCGCGCUCGGGCGCCGCCUGUGCCGGGGCCGCGCCGCCAACUGCACCGCCCAGCUGCCGCUGGUGCCCUGCGGCCAGGCCACGGCGUCCGGCGUGCAGGACCUUCUGAAGGAAAUCAAGGCUCAGUCGCAGGUGCUGGGCUGGAUCCUGAUAGCAGCUGUUGUCAUCUUCUUUCUGAUUUUUACAUCCAUCACCCAAUGCCUAUCUCCAGUUAGUUUUCUGCAGCAGAAAUUCUGGAAAAUCUACCUGCAACAGGAGGAGCAGAUCCUUAAAAGCCAAGCCACAGAGCAUGCAACUAAAUUGGCAAAAGAGAAUGUUAAAUGUUUCUUUGAUGGCUGUCAUCCGAAGAAAUGCAACACCCCAAGCAUUAAAGACUGGCAGCAAAUUUCAUCACUAUAUACUUUCAAUAGGAAUAAUCUGUACUAUAGCAUGUUGCACAAAUAUGUUAGCAGAAACGAGAGGAGUCACGGUAUCAGCUCUUGUGAAGGAGAUGCAAUGAUUCCUGUUCUUGGCUUUGUAGAUUCUCUUGCUAUAAACAGCAAUGUUGAGCUAUAUGACCUUACGAAUACAUAGAAAAAAGAUGUUUUGAAUUAUUGCUUUGUUUUUCAAAAAAUAAACAUCAGUAUUGUUUAUGACUGCUUUUUUCCCUUCCAAAUUGUGGAAUUUUAGAUCUGAAAUUAAAAUGCAAAUCUUAGCCUCUUUAUUAUAUUAAUUAUUUAAAACAAAGAAAUGAUCUUCCUGACGAUCUUCUGUGUUUGUUCGUUAGCAACUAUCAGAACUUCUCUUAGGUGUUUGUGGGUGAUUUGGGUGGGUCCGGGUUACUCACUUUGCAAGCUAGUUCUUUUGGUUGAGGCACGGCUGAGUUUUUGUUUGGUUUAUCUUUUCUAGUCUUGGAGCUUGGUUAGUACAGAGAGACCUUUUCCUCACCUCUCAGUUUUUUCAGAAAACACUUCUCACCAGUACAUGUCUGUAACUUUAUAUAUAUUUCUAAGUAAUGUAAUCGUAGUUAUUUGUUGUAUUCCACUUUUUUAAAUUUCAGAAACUUAAAUGAGUAAAGAAUCAUCUUGCGAAAAAAAUAAAAUAAAAUAAAAUAAAACAAAGAAAUGAGGGAAAAUGAUUCA